AUGUCGUGUCAGCUCUCUAUUUUGUCGGGGUUUCAAGAUAUCAAAGCCGUUAAGUCGUACCUGUUUCCAUCUCUGAGAGAAACCACACCAGAAGUUGAAAUAAAUGCUGGCUCAACAAAUGACGACGAAGAUGAUUGGAAUAAUGACUGGGGAUGGACAGAAGAUGAACAAGCUGUACAGGCUGCUGUAGGAUCUUUAGAAGGAAAUGAUGAUGUAGAAGAUAAUAGUAAAUUGAAAUGGUUACAAGAUUGUUUGAUUUCGUUAUCACCAGCAAAUGACAUGAUAACUAUUGCUAAUGAAAGCAGAAUGGUGGUUCUCACUCAAAAAUGGGACCCUAAGAAUAACGGUGAAGAGAUGGAAUCUAGAUAUUCUGUUGCUUGGCAAUCAACAGCUUCUACUACAGAACUUAUUACUGCCAUAUUAUGUCUGCCACUAGCUUCACAGAAAAGAAGUACUCAUGGUGCUCCAGAUUGGACCUGUGUUAUUGUUGGUUAUUCUACUGGUUAUGUUAAGAUGUUUACUGAGAAAGGAGUAUUGUUACUGUCACAGUUGUUACAUACAGAACCUAUUCAGAAGAUAAAAGCACAAACUUAUGAACCAGCUAGAUAUUUAGGGAUGGCUGAACAGCAUGAAGAAUUAGUGAUAUUAUACAGAAAAGCAGUCAUAUCUAUAGAUGGUUUUAGUUUAAUGCAGUCAUUAAGAGCUUGUAGGAAUCAAGUAGCAAGAGCUACAGCCAGUGGAGGAGAAGCCAAUCUACAAGUACCACCAUUAGCCUAUAAAAAAUGGGGUUUACAAGAUCAAGAUAUUAUUAAUGAUCAUGUUAGUUGUGGAAUCCAGUCAUCUAAUCCCUUUGAUCAGAUGAAAACAGCGUCAUUAUUAGGAGGUUAUCAAGCUAGUGUUAAAACCAGUCCACCAGCUGCUAGUCUUUAUCUUACAUCAGGUGUAGGGCCUUAUGUUGGUUUCUUCUAUGCAAUUGAGGGAAGUGCUCCACCAAUUUUAUCUGAGGUAGCUAUGGCAAUGGCUCAUAAGAUAAAAAGUGCCUUAAUGUCUGCUGCUAGUGGAUGGUUAGGCUUCGGAGGUAAAGCAAAAGAUGAAGCUAAAGAUAAAGCUCCAAAAAUAGAACAAGCAACUCCUCUUCCUCUCAGGUUUAGUUUACCUGAUAGAAGAAGAACAGGACAGAAGAUAGUAUUAUCACCUAAUAAUCAUUAUGCUGCUGUAACAGGAAGUUUUGGUCGUGUUAUAUUACUAGAUGUUGAAAGAGGUGUUGCUGUUAGAAUAUGGAAAGGUUAUAGAGAUGCUCAAGUUGGAUGGAUACAGAUAAGAGAAGAUGAUGGCCAUGGUGGGAGAAAUCCAGAACAUUCUAGAGUAGCACAAUUCCUUAUUAUCUAUGCACCAAGACGAGGUAUUUUAGAGGUAUGGACAGCAGCUAAUGGACCCCGUGUAGCAGCCUUCAAUGUUAGUAAAUGGUGUAAGUUAGUGUGUCCAUCAUAUGGUGUAAUGGGUUUAAAUAAUGUGACGUGUCAAAGUACCAAACAUAAAGCAUUUCAAUGUGCUUUAAUAGAUACAGAUGGUAUUAUCAAAAUUAUUGAUAUACCUUUUCAUCUUGCUUUAAGUGAUAAGAGUAGUAAAAGAGCUAGAGAUUUACAUUUACUAAAGAAAUUGAAGUCAUUAUUAAAAGAAAAUACAGAAGAGUCAGAAAGUGUUUGUGAAUCUAUAUCAGAGAUAAUAUUAGAUAUUAAAAUACCAAAUAUUGCUAAACAGGGUAUUGAAAGAAUACUAGUUACCAAGUAUUUAUCAUGUAAAUUUAUGAAGUCUGUUGUAAAAGCCUGUAUAAAGAAAAUAACUGAUAUUGAUCAAGAUAUAGAUAGCCGCUUAGUUUUAAAAUAUUGUCAAGCACAAGAUUGUUUAUUACAAAGUUAUGAUCAAAUAGAUUGCUUAACAUCAGAUGAAAAUAUACAGCAUGUUGAUACAUCACCAGAGUUUUUAUGUCGACUACUAGGAGUAUCUCCAUCUGAAUUAGAAGCUAUCCAAUCUAGUCUCCAAGAUUCCACCAAGAAACUGGUAAAAGACACCACAGGAAAACAUGUUCAGUUUGAAGAAAGUCAAUCCUUUCCUGUCACCUCAUAUUUACGAUGUUUUGAAUGUCUGAUACAUGCUACUGAUCAUGAAAUAAAUAAAUCAUUUAAUUUAUCAGUUAAUAAAAACUUGUCUUCAGAUAAAAAAUUAGCAUUAGGUAAUUUUAUGUUUGCUGGUUGUAUUUGUGAUAAUAUUUCUGCUAGUGAUUUAAGUAUUAUAUUACAAGAUAGUAACUUACCACCAAAACAUAUCAUGAAUUUAUUAUUAAUGUAUUGGUUAUCAAGUAAUGAUAGAUGUUUGUCUUCAAUACCUAAUCUACACCAUAUAGUUAAAUCUAUAUCAGCUAUGACAGAUAAAAGUGAAGAAUUAGUAGAUAAUACGGCUAUAUCAACAUGGUGGCAAUCAAUACGAGACCAAUGUAGUCAGUCAGAAAAUAUCCUAUCAGCUUAUCUAGCAGCUUUAACAUGUCGAGGUGUAGCUGUUGAAUUACUGGGCAAUCAGACUAAAGCUAAGGACCCUGAUGCUGAUACAGCCAGUGUAAAUUCUGAUAAGAAUGAUUCUUCUGGUGAUUGGGAAACGGUUACAGUUGAUAUAGAACAUUGGAAUGUCUUAGUUAAACAGUUAGAUGAUGUCCUAGCUAUUAAUCAUUUAUUACAAUUACAAUUAUCAACCAAUCAUAAACAAGAUAACAAAACAUACCUAGAACCAAUCACUGUCUCUGUUACUAAAUUAUUAGAGGGUGGUAGAGGAGCUAUAUCUGAGAUAGUAGCAAGAUAUGUUAUGAGAUUAGAGUUAAAACCUCAAUCACUCUUUAGUAAAUCAUCAUUUAUGGAACAACCAGAAGAUAAUGAUGUUUUAGAGACGUGUAUAGAUGACCCUGAAGAUGAACCUAAAACACCAUUAGAAAUUAUACAAGAUCAGUUACAACUGUUACGAUUAAGAUUUCCACACAGUUUAGAGAAUGAUAUAUUGUUAUCUAAUUGUUGUUGGGAGUAUGCUGCUUAUUGGAAUAGAGAACCUGAGCAUGUAAAUAAACUAGAGUUAUCAGUAGAAUACUUGAAAUUGGUACAGAAUGCACUACUUAGACAAGGUGUUUGUAGUAUGUUAUGGCAUAUGUUUAUUUUAAAACGUUUCUCAGCUGCAGCACACCUGAUGGAUAAGGUUGGAAAACCUCCUAAAGAUAGACUCUGUAGAAAGGAAGUUGGUAUGGGAGAAAAUGAUAUAUUAUUAUUUAUAAGCUGUACUGCUGAUAUUAUACAAAUCACUAUGGAGGCUAAUUGUGAAGCAAAUGAAGUGCCAGUGUUUAAUCUAGAGAUAUUAUGGCAGUUAGCUAGAGGACCAUCAUCUCUAUCAGAACUAGCUGUUGAUCAGAAAUCUACUAAUUAUGGUUUAUUAAAACAUCAUUUACAUUUAGCACGUAUAAUGCAGGCUGUAUUAGUUUUUAAUAUGAAAUCUAUUAAAGUGUUAUCUUUGUUUGAUUCUAAGGGUAAAAAUGCAUUUUUUAAAGAUUUACAUACUCAUCCCUUGUUACCUAACCAAAAUGUUGAUUCUACAUUAUCACAGAAUAGAAUGGAGUUUUUUUGUCGAGUGAUAUCACAAGCUGUAAAGACAUUAGAAUUAACUGGCAAUGUACCAUCUUCUCCUACCAAGAGACAGAAAACAGCUGCUAUCAGAUGGCCUAAUAUGGUCAUAGAAAUAGGCAAAGACUUUGGUCUGGAUAUUGAUCAAUUAAAACAACAUCAUGUUGUUGAAUUAUAUUCUGGUGGCCAUGAUAAACUAGCAGAAGAGAUUCUACCAUGUGUAAACAACCAUGAGAGAAUAGGAUAUGAGUUACUUACACUAGCUGGACAGAGAAUGGCUUAUCAUUUAUUUCAAGUUAAUCCACCAGAUGCUGUAAAAUUAUUAUCAGAUUUAUCAACAUCUCUAUCAACUUGGUUGAAAUCCAUGGAUUCAACUGAGAUUAGAAAAGCAGAUGUACCAUUAUCUGAUACAGCUACAUUAAUAGGUCAUGUGACUGGAAAUCUCCCUGAAGGUAGUACAGAAUAUGAUAGAGCUAUAUCAUUAGUAGAACUAAUACAUGCUUUACAGUAA